AUGGAAAAUAUCGAUAUAUCGAUGUCGAUAUUUUUCGAUAUCGAUAUUAGCGAUAUUAGCCAACUCUGCGUUAGUACCUAUGGUCCGGUGUUGUGUUUGUGUACCAUAUUUGUUAGUCAAAUCCCUUUUUUAAAGAAUUUUGUUAAAAUUAAAAAUAAAUGGAGUGAAAUUGGUGAUAGCUGCUGCGAGAAUAAUUGUAUAAAUACAAACAAUCCUAUUGGUAAAUGCGCUAAAGGAUAUGGAUUUGUUAAUAUAAUUAUAGAUGAAAAUAUUAAAUAUUUGGAAGGGAAAGGAAGUUAUAAUAAUUAUGUUAUAGUUUAUGCAGAAAAUUCACUUACAAAACCACAAAAUUCAUUUAAUUAUUCAUUAUAUUAUUUUGAAAUUAAAUGUAUAUUUGAAGGAGGAGAGUUAGAUGAAUGGGGAAAAUGGAUGGGAAUUGGGCUAAGAAAUUGUAAUACAUAUGAAUAUAUUAACUUAUCUGCUAGAACUUCUAUAAUUUAUAACGAGGAAGAUGAAGAAUUCAAACUUGAUAAUAUUUCUUGGAAUGAUAAUGAUAUUUUUGGUUGUGGAUUAGUUUAUCCUCCAACUAAUAUGGCGAAUGAAUUCCCUUAUGUAUUCUUUACUCAAAAUGGAAAACAAAUUGGUAAAUGUUUAAUUAAAAAAUGUCAUAAAAAUUAUUCGUUAAUAGGGAAAGCUAUAUUAUUGAAGAAUAAUUCAAACUCAUACAAACCACAUGUUUGGCUAGAGUGUUGUUCUGUUGAAUCGAAUUUUGGAGAUGAUUUGGAAACUAAACCAUUUAGAUAUGAAAUUUCAAAACAUGAAAUUCUUAAAGAAUUUUAUUGA